GUCGUUUCUUAUUCUUCUUCGUCUUCAACCUUCUGAUUUUACAUCUCGAAACGAAAGCAGAAGGCUUUCUCAGCUCUCGCUUCUUUCAGGCUGGAAAGAAGGAAGCAAACGACGUCGCUUUGGUUUCAGCAUCGGAUAAAAUUGCAGGUGGAAAUUUUGUGAAUUUUUGAGCUGGACAUUGGUUAGAAUCCGCCAUGAACCGUCCUCCUGCUCAAUUUUCCCACCCACCCUUCACUUUCCAUCCUUCAAGUCAUAAUCCUAACCCCGAUUACUUCCACUCUGAGCCACAAAACACACCUCCCGGAAUCCUCACUCAUCCUCUGCCCCCUGAUCUUUCAACCACAAUCUCAUCUCUCAAUAGCCUCAUUCGCGAGUCUAACAGGACCCUCGACUCACUCUCCGCUCUCCUCCCUCUCGAAAACUCAAGUUACCAUAAUUUACAUAGUGGCCUUGUCGCCUGCCCUUUUAACCCCCACCACCGUGUGCACCCUGACUCUCUUUUCUCCCACUCCCUCCACUGCCCUUCCCAUCCUCACCCUCUCCAGCUUGACACUCUCCCGCCUCGCAACUACACCAAAACCCUCAAAUCGUCUGAGCAAUCCCACAUUGGAAAAAGUUUUCUUCAAACAGUUAAUGGCUCAGAGGCUGACCUGUGCUUGUCGUUGGAGCAAUACUUUGCGGAUUUUGAUUCCAAUUUCUUCUACAAUGAUUGCCCUGGUGUCGUUAACUUUUCUGCUCUGGGUGGUGUUGACAGAAUGUUCACACUUCCAUUAAUUUUGUCAGCUGAGUGUGCAAACUUUAUUGAUCCAGGAGAGAGAGAGGUUGCGGAUUUUGACAACGAGUGGUGUAGAAUUCUUCCAUCUGAGUUGUGGGCUAUUAAAUCCGAAGUUGAGGGCUGGAAUGAGUUUCCUUUUAUGUACUCGUACUGUGUUCUUCGUGUCAUUUUGGGGUUGGGUGUGGUUAGAGAAUGUGAUUUAGCCAUAUGGGUGAUUGCAAAUUCACCACAAUAUGGAGUUGUGAUUGAUGUGGCUAUGAGGGAUCAUAUACUUUUACUUUUCCAGUUGUGCUUGAAGGCGAUUUUAAGGGAAGCUUUAAGUAAGGUAAAGAAAGGAGAUCCAAAGAGUAAAAGUUUUGAGUGUCCCACUAUGGUUCAAGCUUUGACGUGGCUGGCUUCUCAGCUUUCCAUACUGUAUGGUGCACAAAAUGGGAAAGUUUUUGUCAUAAGCGUCCUUAAGAAAUGCAUAUCAGAUGCUGCAAUGGGCUCGUUAAUUUUCCCAUUGGAGCAACUGGUGACAGAGUCUCCUUCUUUAGAAGGGGGUUCAUUGAAUCUGGAUGCCAAUGGCAAUGGUGUGAGGGAUGCUGAAAUUAUGAAACCACUAAACACAGAUGGUGAAGGGAAUAGCAUGAUGAAGGAAAACAUUAUCGGUAGGGUGGUAUUUGUGUCCCAGGUUGCAGCAGCCGUUGCAGCAUUGCAUGAAAGGUCCUUGCUAGAAGAAAAAAUUAAAGCACAACGGGUUUCAAACACCCUUACUAGAUAUCAACGGGUGGUUGAUCAUGAUUAUGUAUCACAAAGAGCUCAUGAGGAACGGAAAAACCGAAGUCAGUAUAAACCCAUUAUUGACCAUGAUGGGAUUCAUUGGGAGAAAUCACGUGACCAGGAAACAAACAAGACUAAGACUAGAGAAGAGUUAUUGGCAGAAGAACGAGACUACAAAAGACGAAGAAUGUCAUAUCGUGGUAAAAAGGUGAAGGGAUCACCUUUGCAGAAAAUGAGGGAUAUUAUAGAGGUAUACAUGGAGGAAAUCAAGAAGGCUGGUGGGAUUGAGUGCUUUGAGAAAGGAACUGAAGGGAAAGGGAGCAUUCCAUUGGAGCUACCAUCAGCUCCUGACAUCACCAUGGAUGCUGAUAAGGCAACAAAAAGUAGUUAUGAGUCAGCGGCAAGUACCCCGUAUCGUAGCAGGAAACAGUCUCAUUCUAGUGAUGCUAUUCAUUCUGCAACAGCCAGGGAUGCUUAUACUAAGGCUCACGAAAAACCAAACCAUAGUCUUGAGGGACGCCAUGAAUAUCUAGAAGAUCAGAGGAGUGUCAGUAGGGACAGGCGCGAUACAGAAAAUCAUUCGAGAAGUCCAGAAAGUCGCCGAGAUCAUGGAUGGUCACACGGACAUACUCGCAAUCGCAGGGAACGAGAUGAUCUGGAGGUGACAAAGACGAAGCAUUAUGAAACCAAAAUGUCAUCUUCUGGCAUAUCCAAGUUUCAAGAUAGAUCAUCUUCUCAGUCAAGUUCUCAUCUGAAAUCAAAAGUUAGAAGGGAUAGAUACACAUAUGAGAAUCACAGUUCAAACUCUAUGGAACAAAAUACGUUUGAUGAUAGAUAUGAUCCUCUGGAGCCUCAUGACUUAUAUGAAGACGAUCUCUCUACUAACAGAAAGUAUGCUAGAGCAGGCAGACAUUCUGAAAAAGAGAAAAUUUCCGACUACCAUUAGAAAUAUGACUGCCAUGUCGCCCAAAGUCAUCAGGCUUCAGCAAUUUUAACUUCACCUGUAUCCUCCUUUGUAUCCUUGACUGUUUUUUUAUGAGCUGUUAAGGAUUUAGAUAUUUGCAGUUGUCCUUGUUUCCUUGCUCAUUCUCAUUCUGAGUAGAUAAUAAGUUGAUGGCAAAUCAUUACUCGUACUGGCAUGGUUAUUCCCAUAUUCCUUAUGAUUUUUUCCUCUCAUUAGUCGACAUGUUAUCAGUUGAGAUUGUUAUUUACUGCAUUCCUCUUGUCUGUAUUUACGUCAGUUUCAUUAUGAUAACCCUUGCAAUAGUGAAGUCUCGCAUUUAGCAAUUGUUAGUCAAGUGAAGUGAGACAAAACACCACCACCUUGUUAAACUCCUCGUACAUGUCAAUCCUCUUUCUUUACACGCUAACCUCGCUCUGAAUUUUCUUUUGGGCCAGACCUCUCUCUGACCAAACCAAAUUAAGUACAUUAACGAUAUCAAUGAGCCAAGUUAAAUCCUGUUAACCUCUCUCCGAGAAAUCUAACUGAUUGUCUCACCAAUUACUUCCAUGUUGUGCAUGUAUGUGCUGCAUUUUUGUCUGAGGGAAUCCGAUUACCCAAGUGAUAUAUUUUCUCCAUUUCUUUGCACUUAAAGCUUCAUGCAUUAAAAAAAAAGAAAGAAAAGUACACAUAACAUAAAUCCUUUCCAAAGACCGGCUGGGUCAUUGUCUGACAGAGGGCCAUGGUAUCAGAUCCCAAUCUGCAAAUAAGGGUAAACAGGUUUGUCGUUGGAUUGCAAAGAAUAGCAUCAUUAUAAAUCUCUCGGUCCUUGUAAUUUCGAUUGGGGAAGCUUUCAACUCCUCCUCCUUACCCCCCCGGUUCCUUUUUUUGUUACUUGCUUUCUACUCCGGUUUUGUAGUAUACAGCAUUGCAUGUGAUGUCAUGGUUGAAUUUUCUGAUGCCCUUGUCUCUUUGCCUUGUAGAUAUGAAAAAUGCCCCCAGCUUCUGCUAGAAUGUACAAGUUCGUGAAAGGAACGUCUCUGUCCUCUGGUUAUGUCAACAUGGAGAGUGAUGACGUUAGUGGAUGAAGCACAGAACUGGUGCCUUGACCCUCGGUUGUAUGCAAUAGUUUUGUUUUGCUCAUGGAAUGCAGUUCUCCGAUGAAUUGUUUCGACGAGUUCAUACAAAUCGGAAGCAGUGCAUGUCGGAAACCUGGCUUCUUCUGACCUUCAUUGAAAUAUGUAGAUGGAAGAAGAAUGCUUGUUAUGUACUCUUGGCAUUUUUAAUUUUGUAGAGAUUAUGUAAAAUUUCUAUUUAAUUAUAUGUUUAUUAGUAAAUUUGUUAAGUUUA